AUGGAGCCUAUGACAUUGGCAAGCCAGCUGGAACCAAAGGAGAUGAUGGAACUGCAAGUGUGCAGCUUAGUGAGUGCAACGAAGCCAACGUACACUGCACCAAGGUGCCCGCUGAAAGAGCUGGACAUCUCGCUGAAUCAUAUCGACUAUCGGGCAGCCCUAGUGCUAGAGGACUUAUUGUCCGAGAAUCGACAUUUAACGGUGCUCGAUAUCUCCUUCAAUCCGAUCGGACCAGUUGGGAUGAGGAGCUUCGUGCGCCUGCUUUUGCGAGAGCGGUCAGGGUUGCAUCGCGUCCGUUUCGAAGGUUGCGCUGGCGGCAAACAUCCGGUGGAUGAUCUGCAGUUCAUGAAUGCCAACUGUCCGGGUGCACGGUACUCUCUGCAGCUGGAUCGCCCUGAUCAUCGAUCUGUUCUCAGGAUGCUCUAUAAAAGCUGUGACGAACUCAAAGUGAAUCCUGGUGAGGCUUUCUUUCACGUGCAGUUUUCCGAGGGCGCCUACAAGCAUCCUGACGUCGGGGCCGACGGCAUCUACGCAGUUCCUCGAAAGGGGAGGUUGCAGGCAACCUUCAAGAUCGAGAAAGCCAUACAUCAGCACUUGAAGGUCAAAGAGGAUGACUUCCUUGCCUUCUUAAGGCGGCGCAAUGACCUGAUGAGGCUGUGCCCGUCGGACAACAAACAGAUUUUGCUGCUUCAUGCCUGGAGGGCCGUUUCAGAUGUUGAUCCAGAUCAGGGCGUCUUCCUCGAUGCACUGGCACGCGACGUUGUUUUGCCGUUUGCUGUCGUUGAGCGGAUGUGCAGAUCCUGCUUAUCUCCUGCUGAAGUCGUAUCCAGGCUCUUCCCUGCCCUUCGUGCUUGUGCUUCCGAGAGAUGUUUGAUACUUAUGAUUGCUCGCUCCAUCCCCGACGUGACGCAGAUCCUUCAACACGCACGGCCUUUGAUGUUCUUCAACAUUCAGAAUCCAACCGGACACUACAGGGUGGACCUGUCGCAUCCAGCGGAGCAUUCCAUUGCCGAAGCGCUUGUGGUGCUGGACUCCUGGGAGUCUGCAAUCAGGAUUCGGAAUCGCCACGUCGACACCUCUCAGUUCGGCGACUGGUCCCAGGUCCGGAACAUUACCUUCCGCGGCAGCCCACUUCAGGGACCGUUGACAGAGUGGCUGCUGCCCGAGGCCGGCAAGCUCGAACUGGAUUACUCCAGCUCAGCGAGACCACCAGAAGGAGCACAAGUUCUCGAUGACAAAUCCUUUCGAAUCAUGCUCAUUGCUCUACAGGAUCAAAACUUCCAGAAGAAGGGCAGCCCGAGCGGUGCAGGUCCCGACCAGGCGAAGCUGCCGCGGGACGACAUGCAGGCGCUCCGAAUGGUGGCACACCAGAUUUACAUUACCGCGCUGCAAACUCGAGCCCUGACGGAGUGCUUUAUGGAUCCCUGCGACAGGGAGGACUGCUUGAUCACUUUCUUCAAUCGUAUUGCUGACAUGCACAACGAGAAGGUCUUCUCAGUUCGCUUCGAGGGUGAUGACGAGCAGGUCAACCGGCUUCGUACACGACUUGGUUCACUCGUUUUUUUUCCGUGGGUUCAGCCAGAACAGGCGAGGUUUGUCUUCCAGCUGGACAGGUUUGAUGAGCGUACCGCGCUAUGUGCUCUCAUCAACCUUGCGAAGAAGGAGCGUAUGACUAACAUCCAAAAGCCAAGAUGGGUGCGGGGUGAUGGAUCGGUGGAUCCGCUGGUAAUGGGCCUACCUCGCAGCUGGGAGACAAUCUCGCAGAUCCCUGAACAUGGUACCGUGUCCAUGAGCUACAAGUGUGCGCCGGAGGAUCGGAACUUCAAGGUCCGAAAAAGCUUCCUCCAAACAUACGGCAACUGGCCUUGCGACGUGAACAUGGAGCAGGUGCUGUGGUGGGCCUCCACCAACGAAGUGCCUGUGGAUGUCAUGGAAUUUCUCGAGUUUAUCAUCGAACGGUAUGACGACGUCUAUGAGGCUUUCGAUGACAUCAAGAGCAAGAACGCACAGGUCUUGAACCACCGAGAUUUUGAGGAGGGCCUCAGGAGGGUGAAGUGCAAGAAGUUCAAAGGCCGGCGUGAAGGCGACAAAAUCACAGGCAUUUUCCGCUACUUGGAUCCGAGUGGUGAGGGUCAAGUCACUCGCAGUGAAUGGGGUAUACUCGAGCUUUGUCACAAGGAGAUGGUGUACUCAAUACAGGAGUUCGUCCACUUCUGCAGCCGGUCGUUUGGCAACGAUCUUAACGCUGCCUGGGCAGUCUUCGACGUAAACGGGGACAACUUCAUCUCUGAAGCUGAGUGGGUGACAGUGGCAAGAUCCUUUUCCUACUUUGGGCCAACACUACCCAUCUUCCGCUUCCUGGACCGGGAUGACGAGGGAACAAUUUCCUUCGAGGAGUUCGAGGAGUUGCAGAAAUUUCGAGAACCACCGCGGCCCGAUGUCCAGUCAAGCGCUCUUGCUGCCGUUGUCUUAGAGAUGUUCGACGAGAGAUGGCAGCGCAUGCAGAGGCUGCACCCUGGUGGCUCUUUGCUGAGGAGCCUACUAGACAACGAGAUGCAGGCUGUGGCAGAGGCUGCCGGACAGGGUGCUGUUCCCGUCGUUUUUGGCGAUCUGUCUGACGAAGAGUUGGACGCGGUACUAAAAGAUGUUGCGAUUGCAACACUGACAGAUGCUGGCAGCGUCAGCGGAUGGGCGAACAUCUGGUACGAUGUCGUGAACUGUUGCACAACACUGUUGUCAAGUCCAAAGCGGCAGGAAAAAGAACUAGGCGUGUCAAGUGCAGUUAUGCUUGGCAGCAUUGUGGCGCCACUGCUGCUUCUCGCGAUGACACCCAUCGCUGUCAUCCGUAACUUGCUGGUCCUUGGCAUGGAGGCUCCGUUUUCAAUCACUGCGGGACUCUUGCUGAUGGGGCUGUUGAUUCCCGCAUUCACGUUGUUGGUGCCUGCAAGACCGCUGGACACAGACUUUGCAGAUGCUGUGCCUCUCUCCACUCAACCUGGCUGGCUGAAUUGGGUAGUCUUGCCCAGUCUCGCGUUGGCAAUCCUGGCGGUUUGGCGUGUGCAGCUGCGCGCGAUUCUCACAGACAGAGAUGUCCACAUUGCUGGAUGUAUCGCUGAUGCAUGCAACAAGUAUGGUGGACGACAGAAAGUUGUCCUGGCAGUCGUCGGCACGCUCCACCUUGCUGGCAUCAGCAGACUGGUUGGGACAUGCGAAGCUGAUCAUUCGAUGUGA